GAAUCUACGGUUAAGGAGUUUUGAUAUGACUUUGAGGUCUGAAAUACAUGUAUAUGAAUUUUGCCCUUUGAAAAAAAAAAUAUGCGAAACUUUUCAGUGGGACAACUCUCUAUGUAGGAUACUGAUACAGGCGCAACCAGGGAAACGGAAUUACACCAACAUCGCGAUCUGCGAACACGAACAAACAUCUUACAUGUAGCAUUACCAUAGCGUUGUACUAACUCGACUCAAAGCCGGUAUCAUGAGAUGCUUGUGGAUGCGUGCUAUUUUUCUGUUUAUGACAACAACCCUAUCUUUCGGAUCUAAACGGGACGAAUGGUGGAAGAACACGAUCGUGUACCAGAUCUACCCGCGUUCAUUCAUGGACUCGGACGGUGAUGGGGUGGGGGAUCUGGCUGGCAUCACAUCUUGCCUGGAGUAUUUCAACGACAUUGGUGUAGGCACCAUAUGGUUGAAUCCCGUCUACAAGUCGCCCAUGGCCGACUUUGGCUAUGAUGUGGCCGACUUCAAAGAUAUCGAUCACAUAUUCGGCACAAUGGCUGAUUUUGAUGAGUUGAUCAGUAAGGCACACCAACUCGGCCUUAAACUCUUGAUGGAUUUCGUCCCCAACCAUACCAGCGAUCAGCAUCGGUGGUUCGUCGAGAGUAGGAAAAGCAAAAACAGCACCAACCAAUACAAAGAUUACUAUGUCUGGGAAGACCCUAAGCAAGACUGCUCUGAUCCUCCACACCAAUGCAUACCAAAUAACUGGGUGAGUGUAUUCGGCGGUUCCGUUUGGGAGUGGGUACAGGAGAGGCAGCAAUUUUACUUACAUCAGUUUCUGAAGGAGCAACCGGAUUUGAAUUACGCCAAUCCACAGGUACAAGCAGAAAUGGAUGACACGUUGCGUUUCUGGCUGACUAAAGGCGUGGACGGUCUUCGCAUGGAUGCCACCAGGCACAUUUACGAAAACGACAAACUUGAGGAUGAGCCCUUGAAUCCUGAUUACACGGAUAGUGUACCGGGUGAGCAUGCUCAAUACCAAAGCCUGCUCCACACCAAGACGGUCGAUCUGCCGAAGGUGUAUGACGUCACCUACCACUGGAGAGAGAUCCUUGACGAGUUUAGUGAUAAUCCGGAUUGGCCCGGGUAUCCGAGUCGAUUAAUGGUGGUAGAGGUGUACAAUUCACACAAGGCACUUCUGCCAUACUACGGAACGUCGGACCGUCGAGGGGCAGAUUUCCCCUUCAACUUCGGUUUGGUUUACCUCAACAAGGAGAACAUGUCCGGGAUUAAAAUACAGGAACUGGUUAAUGCUUGGAUGGAGGAUCUGCCGCCUGGCAAGUGGCCUAAUUGGGUUACUGGUAAUCACGACCGACCUCGCAUCGCUGAUCGUGUCGGGAUAACAUAUACACGAGCCUUCAACGUCUUGAAUCUUCUCCUCCCUGGCACACCAACCAGCUACUAUGGAGAAGAAAUAGCGAUGGGGAACAUUUGGGUCGCAUUCAACAAAACGCAAGACCCCUUCGCGAUAAACAACCCAAACCACUGGGAGAACUACACACGCGAUCCGGAACGUUCCCCGAUGCAGUGGGACAGGUCACAUCAUGCUGGCUUCAGCACUACUACCGGGGAUACAUGGCUUCCCGUCAACCAGAACUAUCUCUCAGGGGUCAACGUUGCUGACCAGAUGGCCGAUAACACCUCCACACUGGCGCUGUACAUGAAAUUAGCAGCUCUUCGAAAAGAGCAGCCCGCCUUCCAAACCAACCACCUCAAGUACGUUAUCGUUACUGAGAAUAUCUUCUCCUUCCUACGUAUGCCGGAUACACCGGGCCUUGAGUCCUUCCUAGUCAUCAUCAAUGCUGGUACCUCAAAUUCCACUGAUGACUACUCCGCUGCACUGAAGAAGAAGAUGAUGAUAACAGAAGACAAUAGUGGGAUUGUCGUGGUCAGCAGCAACAUGGAUCGUAACGGCAAACCCCAGGGGAUAUGUAACGUCCAUGUUGCUGCAGGCGAAGCUAUUGUAAUCAGGAUCUCAGUUUAUGUGAUCAACUCAGAACCAGCGCCAUCUCUGUCACCCUGUCUUAUCCUUGCAACAAUGUUGGCAAUUAUUUUCAGUGGUAUCGUAUUCAGAUAUCAGUGUACUUGAAAUAAAUCUUUUAUCUUUGUCGAAAAGGUGAUGAAUUAAAUAGGCAGCUGUGUUGUAAUCUGGCUGCACACGCACCCCUAUGCACUAAAUUGGUUAUUAUAAUUGGUAAUUACAGCUGCAUAUACAUGCCACACGAACCCGACAUGAUUUUUUACCGUGACAUUGUUUUUGGCGUAAUGUAGAAAAGUCUCCAAAACGAUUUCCUAAUUAAUUUGUUAUGGGUAACCUUCGGAAAACAGGAAAUGGGGCAUCACUAACAUUUAUUUACUAUUGGUACAACAAUAUUCUCAGUUGAAUGGAAAAGUAAUCCUAAACUUUUAUUUAAUUUGAGUCUUUGGGAAUAAUGGAUAUGUCCUUUAUUAUCGUAUAAUUCGAAUUGUAGUUGAUAUAAUCGAAAUAUUUUGAACUGGCUUCAGUAGUUUGAUUCAUUUAUCUGUUUUUCUGUCUCUCUUUAAUUGUCUUAGUUGGUGUAGAAAGCGAGAAGUCGGAUAAAUCCUUAAUAAAAAGGUUAGGGACGCUAAGUAACAAAGUAAACCGAAAUAUUUUCUUUCCAGUAAAUACAUAGUGAACAAUAAUGGUGUGUGGCCUCAAACUUUCAACUAUGUUUUUCAACCUAUUUUGUUAGAACUAAUUUGUGACGCGCUUUAUCGAAAAUGAAGAAUGUUCCUUUUAUGAUAUAAACCAAUCCGAGUACUCUUCAAGCAUUUUGCCAGCUAGCUUUUGUUCAAAUGAACCAUCAGGGAGA